AUGACGCUCCUGGGGUUGUUGCAUGUUCUCCUCUUUCUGUUCGUUGCCGUCUUCCUCGUUCUCCCGUUUCUCCUUUCUCUCCUUCUUCCCGCCUGUAUCCGCCGUUUCCCGCUGUCGAGCCGUGCGAAGCGCCGACUUCUGUCAGCCGUACGGGGAGCGACAGCUUCUGCGCGAACGCCGGGAGAGGCUUCGCCGGAGUCGCGCGGAUCCUCGCGACCGCAGGCUACCCAGGCGCCGACGGGAACCGGCGCGUCCAGAGACGCCGGUUCCAGUCCGCGCAGCUCGGGCCCUGAAGGCGGGCUGAACCUGGAUGGCAACGAGUGGUUCCUCACAUUCGUCUCCAUUCGGUAUGCAGGCUUCCUCCGCUUUGCCGAUGUCUCCUUACUCCUCGAGCAGGGACCCGUCAGCGACGACGAGCCUCCCGAACUGCGUGCGCCCAGCGCGGGCACUCGCGGCCCCGCCGAGUCUCCAGUUCCCAGCCCUCCGGAGGAGCCACGGACGCCGAGUCGAGCGGUGGAGGAUCCCACUGAAAAACCCAGCGCAGUUCCAGCGACCUGCGACACUCUGCGUCUUGCUGCACGCAUCGACGUCGACGAUGUCCGCCUCCGUCUCCGGUACAUGCCUCUCGCUCGUACGUCGCCCGGCGGUGGGGACCGCGUGUCCUGGCAACAAUGGAUCGACGGCGUACAGCGACGCAUCGCGCCGUUCUGCCGCUGGAUUGUCGAAAGCGUCGGUUCCCACGCGAACGCGGCAGUGCACCCUUUGCCGCCGUGGCUCCGCGAGCGACUCUUGUCUCUCGCACGCGUGCCCUUCUCAGAAUCGCCGGCGGAGCGACAGCGCGCGCCCGAGCCAGCAGCUGGGCCCCAGCCUGAGGAGUUCCGUCCGGCCCAGAGCGGGGAAGAAUCGGGUGACGCUGUGGAGUUACCAGACUGGCGCUGGACGCUGCGCUUGCUCGUCGAGUGCAGCACUGUGGGUGUGCACGUCAGCGUAAACGGCGAGGCGCAGGCUGAACCUGGAGACUCGGCUCAGCGGGCUUCCGAGUCGGAUCCCGGCGAAGCGUCUCCAGGGAGGAAGAAAAGAGGAGGCGCACGAACCAGCGGAAAGCACGACGGCGCUGGAGGCGCCGAGCCAGGCACGGACGCCCCUUCGCGCCGGGCCACCAAGCCGACAGGGCGCCUGCAAGGCUGUGUCGCAGCCCCGUCUCCUCGCUCGGUGGAGCCGAGCCCAUUCGUUUCUUCUCUCCCGCGGUGUGCGUCGACCGGGCUGCGGAAAGCCUUGCAUGCGCACACUGCCGCCGGGGCCUCGGGGCGGCGCGACGCGGCAGCGAUUUCUGGGGAGGACAUCACGGACGCAAAGAAGCCCGCGGGGACCGCCGAGCGGCGAUCUCUCUCGCGCGCGUCCUGUGAAGACAAUUCCUUCCUAGCGCUGGUUUCCCUGCGGUCCCGCGCUGCUGGAGCGCCUCUCCGCUGUUCGCCGCGGGAAAGCAGUCGAAUGCCGGCCGCAGAACCGAGAGGGGCGGCGCAGAAGGAAGGAGACAAAUGGAGUUGCCAAGAGCCCGCGCGCGACGGCGUUGAAGAGGCGCCUGCAUGUCCUCCCGAGGCUUCCGUCCCUCUUCGUGCCGGGUGUCUCGCGUCGGCUGCUGCUGGCCCGCCGGCUUUGCCUGCACCACAUCUGAAAUCUCCGCAUCGCGGGGCGCCGAUUCGCGCGCCGCCCGCGCGGGCGAGUCUCUUCCAGUCCGUUCUUUUCCUCUGCACUGUCCACCUGGCUGCCCGAGCGUGUGCCUUCCGGGUCUCCCGGCUGUACCUCAGCGUUCUCCUCUCUGCCUCCUACGACAGCUCGGAAGCGGACCGUGAGCGUCGCCAGUACGACCGCGAGGAAGAGCUCCAUCUGAGGCAGCGCGUCGUCUUCGCGUCCGCGACCAACCGGCCUGCAGGCGUCUCGGCUGUCUCGCGGGAUGGCUUCGCGAAGCCGGCGCCGCACAGCGAGCCGUCAACCGACUUGGGGUCGGCCUUACUGUCUCCGUCUUCUUCGGGGGCCUCGAGGACGAUUUCGGCGUGCUUUGUAGUCGUCGUUGAAGACUUGCUGGUCCUGCCAGGAGGGCAGUUCGCGUCGCUCUACGUCGACGUCGCCGUGAAGCAGCGACUGGCGAUGCACGUGCUCCACCCGUCGGAAGACCUCCACCGGAUCCUGCCCAGCGAUGUGACCCACUGCGUGAAUCCGCUUCCCCGGUUUCUGGCGGCCGCUUCCGCGCUCCCUUCCGCGCUCCCUUCCGCACAAGACGAAACAGGCAGAAAGGCGGCCUGCCAAGACGGCGCAGGAUCCCGGCACAACGCGGGAGAUGUCCUCGGGCAGACGCGGGAGAAAGACGCUUCUCGGGACACUCUGCUGCUGGAAGCCUCGCCUGGCCUCGGCUACGCAGGUUCCUUCCUUUCCUUCUAUACGGACCGAGUCGGGGCGUCGCCGUCGCCAGGGUUAGCUGGCCCUUCGUCGGGAUCGGACGGCGGCGUGCCGAGCAACCCAGCCUGGUGUGCGCCUUUCCAAGGCCUCGCUUCUCCCCCUCCGCGGAAUGGUCCCCGCCCACAGGCGGGUGGGCCGCUCCAGUCUGCGUUCCCGCCGUCAGCUUCGCCGCUCGACGCCGCCUCUCGCUGUCCUCCCUCUUCUGGAUUUGUCUUUGCAGCUCCUUCGCCGCUGGGCCGGACCGCCUCGUCUUCCACUCUGUGUCGAGCGUUCGCUGACGCCGUGGCUGCCUCCUCGAUGCUUCUGCCUCCGCUGUUCGUCACCGCGUCCCUCGAUGUUCGCGUCUUCCUUGACACUGCCAUCUCGAGCGCAGCCUCGUCGCCGCUGGGAAUGUCGCCUUCCGCCGCGCGACUCGCGCUUUGCGCAAAGGACGGCGACAUGGCGCGCGUGCUUCAGCGCGGAGCCGACCGUCCCCAAACGAGGCGAAAGCGGCCUGGGAAGCUGUGCUCAGUGCGCAAGGUCAAAGUCGAGGCUUCGUCGGACCUCCUCAUCAACCUCCCGCUGAAUCAAAUCGGGCGGCUCGUCCAUCUGUACUGGGCCUUCAUCUACGCCGUCCGCCUCCGCAGUCUUUUGCGCCGUUUCGCCCCCGGGGCCGAGCAGGCCUCCGCGGGGCGUCGCGCGCUCGCGUCUCCGCAGGGGGACCGCCCCGCACUUGCAGCGGAUCGAGACGAGCAAGAAGAAGUCGAGCUGGCGACGGAAAAAGUGCCGAUCACUGCGGCGAUUUCGCGCGUCACCGUCCACGUCUUUGAGCGGUCCGCGCCGUGGGCACUUCUCCUUGACGCCGCCCAGGUAACUGCGCGGGUCGGAGUCGAGACCGUCCACGUGCUUGUGUGUCCUCGCGCGCUCCUCCGGCAGAAAGAAGAAGAGGAACGUCUGACGCUCUGGGGAAGCACAGCCAACGGCCGUCUCCCGACCGUGGAGCGACAGUCCUCGCGGAUGUUCUGGGGAAGUCUCCACAGUCUGCUCCAGGCGCCGCGCGCGCGACUGGACACCCUCCCGGAGCGGAGCCAAACUGCGUCCCGGCGCCACGCCCCUCUCCGGCGUAUGAACAGAGUGGAAUUCGGCGCACUCGCGACCGAAGCGGCGCCAAAAGGACAGGCGAAGAGGCAGGGCCUAACGCGCAAGAAACAGCCAGAAGGCGAGUGGGCAGUUGUCGCGCGAACGCGCUUCCGAUUUGCAGUCGAGGCUCCGUAUGCGCGCCUCUCCCUCGCUUCUCUGGAAGCGCCCGAGACGCCGACUCUGCCCGGGCCCUCCAACUUUGAAGAGACGCGAAAAGGAUGCGAGGCGCGGCUGACGAGCCAGCGCUCCGCUUCUGCUCCCGGGCCGUCUGCCUCGGCGCCUUCCUCGAAGGCGCGCGAGGCUGCGUCCUCGCCGCCCGUCACGCUGCACGGCGCCGUGCGGCGAGACCGAACAGCGGUGGUGCACGUCGUCGGAGAGGUCGCCAGCCUGCAUGCGGUGGGGAGUUGUCAGAAGCUGCCGCGGUGGCGACAGAGCGUGCGACUGACUGCGGCCGCUGGAUGGCUUCUCUGGGUGGAGAGGGGCCUUCUGUAUUGGUUGAUGCUUGGCCUGCAUCUGAAGAGCGUUUGGAAGCUGCAAAGUAAGGCCGCGAAGCUCAAGCUUGACGCCGCCGCUUCGCGCCUCUCCGGCGCAGCCCGGGACGACUGUCGCGCAGGCGCCGAGGCGCAGGAUCCGCACGCGCCUCAGCGGGACCAGUCUCAGGACGAGGCGCUCGCCUCUGGAGACAAUCGGGGGCGGGGGAAACUUCGCAAAGCAGACGCCUCUGGGCCUUCGUCUGCUCGCCGCAGAACCCCACAAGCCGACCGAGCCGCGCGGGACGAGGGCCCGCCGCAGACGGCGACGCGAACGGUGCGGGCCGGAGGGCGAGGCGAAGGGGCGGAGCAAUCCGAAGGCUGUGCAUGCGCCCGCGAAGAGAAUAAAGUACCUGCGCCGUCCGAGCAGUCGGGAGGGACUGGAGACGAUUUGCAACGCGGACAGAACGGAGACGAGGCAGAAGCGAGCCGUGACGAAGACGGCGGAGAGGACGCAGCCACACGCGAGGACGGCCAGACGUCUGAGGCAGACGAGUGGAGAGAGCUCCGGAGGCCGUUCAUGCAUCCGACGGCUUCCUUCGCGGCUCCUGUCUCCACCGAAGCGUCCUUGAAUCACCUGCUGGAAGCUGAGAAAGACCUGCCUGCCUUUGAAGCCCGGUGCGCGCAUUGUUUCCACGCGAAAUUUUUCAACAUCUGCAUCUUCUCGCCAGUCACGCCCCUUCCACCUGCUUCACCGGUUGCGCCUUUAUUUCCGCGGCCUGCGACACCCACCGACGCGCCGCACGCCCAGCCGUCUGAGACGGUCGAAGGCAGAGACGAGCCGGCGGAGCCCCGGAGCGAAGACGCAGCCAGUCGCGAAGGAGCUGAGGAAGCGCAAGGAAACGAGGCUGGGACGCGCGCAGCGGUCGCGCGCCUAGUCAGCAACGUCCUCGUCGUUCACUCCUCAGACGUCGCGGCUUCAACGACGGUCGCCAUCUUGCCUUUGCGCGUUGCUCCGGCGCUUCUCGAAGUGCUCCAGUCUGGGUCCGAACCGAGAGAAGCAAAGGAAGCGGAGGACAGCGCAGCAGGCGAAUCCACUCUCGCGAAGAGGGGGGCUUUCGCCCAGGGUCAGGGAGCAAGGGGAGAAGGCGCUUUGUCGAUUCCGGGGCUUUUGGGGGAGCGCGCAGCCCAGACCCGAGACGCAGGGAACGAGGCUGUGUCGCGGUUUGUGCCGUUCAUCUUUCCAGGACGUCUUGCGCAGCUCUGCGCCUCGGAGACGACGCCCACGGGUGCUCCGCGUGCCACCGCGAAAUCGCCAAACUCGCGCUCUCCUGAAGCGAAACGGACGGACUUGGGGGUCGCGGCGGACGGCGUUUGCACUGCGGCCGAGUGUGCGUCUCUGCUGGUCUGUUUGCCGUUCGCCAGGCCCGAAGUGUCCAUCGAGAUCGGUUCGCCCCGCGGCCGCGUAUGCGCGGAGUUCCUUUUGCCGCUCCAGAAUCUCCUCGGCGCCGCGCAGUCCGACAUGAUGACGCAUCGCCUCGCGAAACUCAAGGCGGAUGUACCGGUAGCCGGCGCAGCGGAGCCGCGGAUUUUCGUUCGCAUGUGCGACUUGGAUUUCCUCCUCACCUCGAAUUUGGCGCUCUCGACGGAGCGUCUCAUCAUCGGCGUCCAGCCGUUAGUCUCGCCCCCCUCACCGUCCCCGACCGAGUCGAUGGCUUCUGCCUCGCCGAAGGGCCGGCCUCCACCGAGAGAGCGGCUGGUCGCCACCUCUUCCGGGGCCCCGCCGUCGCGUGGGCGGCCGCCAUUGCUUCACCCUCGCGUGGACGUCGCGCUCAGUGCGCCGCACAUUCGUUUCGUCUCUCUUUGUUCCUCUCAAACCUCUCCGGAGAGAGGCCGUUCUGUCGGCUCGCGCGCGCGCGUCUCUCCAGACACCGGUUUCGGCCGGCAAGCGCAUGGGAGGUCUCGCGCCUCAGGCGCGGCCAGGCCCGCAAAGAAGUCGGCGCCGAACCCGAUCGCGGUUCCCGAGAUGGGCACUGACGAGUCCUGUGAGUUCUGCAGCGAGGAGUCGCUGUCUCCGUCCUGUCGGAGUGGCAGCCCGUCGCCCCUCGCCCUGCCUCCACUGACUUCGGUGUCUUCUUGCUUGGCGUUUGUGCCUCUCCCGCUCCCCCCGCUCCUGCGCUGCGCCACGGUGCGUGUGUCUGUGAACGCCAAGAAGCCUGUCCAGGCCAUCCGCUCGCGUCCAGACUCCUCGCCGAGCGAGGUCGCUGAGCCUACCCAGGGCGUCCCGGCCCUUCAGACCCUCCCGCCGCCUCUCCCUUCACGCGAGAACGGACCUUCGUCUUCCGCGGCGCUCAGCCCCGCCACGGCCCUUUCGAGCUCGGAGGCGCCGUCGCCUUCUCAGGGCUCUGCGGAGUCUGUCUUCGUCGACGCGCGCGCCGACUUCUCGCACUCCGCCGUCGCUGCUCCAACCCGUGGUCCGUCGUCGCCGAGAACCCCUUCGCCCUCUUCGUCUGCUGCUGGUCUGGCCGUCGGCGAUUCCACACACGAACGUCCACAGCCAGAUGGCCGUGGAGAUGCUGCUGGCCUGGCCGUCGGCGAUUCCACACACGAACGUCCACAGCCAGAUGGCCGUGGAGAUGCUGGCCUGUCCGUCGGCUCCGCUGUCUCCGCCGGCCUCGCGCCGGGCACCCCCUCGACGCAGCGGCCUCGUGGGACGUCCUGGGAGCAGCAGCGGGUUUGCGUGUCGAUCAUCGGCUGUGAGGUUUGCCUGCCGCCUCUGAGCUCGCGUCGGCUUCCGGCGGGAGGCGAGGACGCUUCUCUUCUCGCUCACCUCAUCCAGUCGGUUUCAGAGAGCACGGUUGUCAUCCUUCGCACCGUCCACGCCGCCUGGCUCUUCAACAUUCGCUUUGCUCAACUCCAACACGGCCUCCUGGCGCUCGACGCUGCUGCGCCCAAAAACCCGGGCGCGGUUCCCCAGUCCUCCUUUCCCGUUCUCGUCCACCCGUCUGGCCUCUCCUCUUCGCGCACCUCUCAGUUUCCGUCUGCGCCGUCUCCACGCCCCUCGCGGGACUCCACUCAGAGCCCGUGCAGUUCUGAACGCAGCUCGCCCCCGCCUGGGCCCGCAUGCAGCAACCCCGCGGACGCUUCUCUUUCUGGUGCGUCUGGGGGCGACUCUCCGCCACGCGCUGCUGCUCCGCCUGCGCUGGACUCUGGCGCUCCGGGGCCCGACGGCGAGUCAACCGAGCGGAACGGGCCAGUUCACUCCUUCGCUUCCUCUGCUUCGCCUGCCCUCAAAACGGCGGUCGAGCUGACGUUCCGCGACUUCCACGUCGCCGUGCUCGCGCCGUCCGCCAUCGGCAUGCGCUUCCCGACGCCGCGUUCGUUUCUGCCAGUCUGUGGAGACCACACGACGAGCGGCGAGGCUGUGGGCGAGGGCGACUGCGCGAGGGCCCAGACGCUUCGCUCCAACCGCUGCGGCGUCACGGGCGCAGACCUCUUCCUGUUCCUGCCGCCUCUGGUGGUUCUUCCGGCCUUGCGAGCCGCUGUGGCGCACUUUCGCGUGUCGGAGUCGGCUGGAGAGGUCGAGGCUAUCAACGCCACAGUGGCGUCUCGGUGUUGCGCGCGGUCUUCCUGCUUUCUCUCCCAUUUCCCGCAACCAAGUCUCUGGCCACGCAUCUCUCCCCCGCUCCUUCUCUUUGGUCUCUCCUCCGCAUCCGUCGCGCUUCAGGACUCCGACACGCCCGGCUGCGCCUGUCUCCUCCGGCGGGCGGCUGCGGCCUCCUUUGCGCGUCCGCACUCUUCAGCCUCGCCCUCAGCCGGUCUCACCGUUGCUCCGGCGACUCCAGGCGCUCCGACGCCUGCCGCGCCCCAAAACGCAGAGACAGCUGCCGCGCGAGAAGACGCGAACGGGCCUCCGAUUCCUCUUCUCGCUUCUGUGUCUGCUCUCGUCGGCAGCGAGACAGCGCGCGACGGCGACGGGGCGUGCACCGCGAAGCCGUCUGUCUCCCGUCAACCGAGCGAGAGGGCGGCGAACUCCGUCUCUGCGUGCACGCAGACCAUCGGGGCGCAGGACGCGAGUGCGCGGCGUCCGGGCCCGCACAAAGCGGCACAGUUCGAUCCUGCAGCCUCGACGGCAACGGCCGCUCUCUGCUGCAAACGUCCGUCGGUGGUCACUCAGGUGAUGGUGGAGGACUUCUGUGUCCUGCUGUUCUCCCCGGGGGCUUCCCGAACGCUUUUCGCCUCUGCUUCGUCGCCCACGAUGUGGCCUUUGUUUCAGCGGCCGCGACUCCGAGACGCGACGAGCGACCGCGACGAAGCGAGCAGCCCGGGGCUGCGAGUGGAAGUGAACGCCGCGCCGGCGUGGGUGGUGCGCGGCUCUCUUCUCCACGGCGCCCUGGUCCAAGAGCGCGCGGUUCUUCGGGUAGACUGCUCGCGCGGGGAGUCGCGUUCCGAGAGGGCCCUGUCGAGGCGCGGAACCCGCUCCAGGGUGUGUCUCCCGUCGGGCCCCGCAGGCACUCCGCGCGACGGUCCUCCGGCGCCGGGCGCUGUCUCCUCGGCCGCCCCGACGUGUGUGUCGCCCUCCGGUCCAGCGGCUUCGUCCGCCGGGACCUCUGUCCCUCUGCCGCCGCUGUCUUCCCGCCCCUCGUCUGCCUCUUCAGACAGCACUUACGAGGCCGAGAUCGUGGCGGUGACGGUCCACUGCGACGGCGGCCUCCAAGUGCGGUGCUGCGCGAGUGUCGCGGAGACAGGCGCUGCGACCCUCGUGUCUCUCCGUCUCCUGCAAGGCCUGUGGGGCGCGACUGCGGCCGCAGAAGCCCACCGGCUUCAGGGCGCCAUUGCGAAGGAGACUGCAGUCUACCAGGCUCAUCAGCUGAACGCCCGCCGACAGGCUCGCAUCGCGGCUGCAGCUGCGGCGGCCGUGGAUGGCGUCGUCCGCGCGGGGCCGCUGCCGCCUGGCGUUCCCUGCGACGCGCUGAUUCAGUUGGCGUGGGCGGACGCGGCGCUGCAGGACAGACAGCGGGAGAAGGCGCGACGCUCCGCCUUGAGGGCGUCGCGGGCCGCGGUCUCCGCGCGGCGCGUGGCGCAGGCGUUUCUCGUCGACGUCUCGCAGUCUGCUGGAGCGGAGGCGCUCUUUGAAAUCCGCGGGGUGCCGCUGCUUCGCCUCGCAAUCCCCCAGGCUGCGGCGAGUGUCCGCGCCCAACUCGCCUGGCCGUCGCCCUCGCAGAGCCUCGCGGAGGGACGCGACCAGGCGAGGUCGCGCAGCGCCGACAGAGACAAAGAGGCCCAGAGAGAGGCCGCAGACACGAGGACGGAAGCGCAAUCGUCCGGCAGGACGGGCGCCGGUGACGCGCAACAGUCGAGAAGAUCUGAGGGCUGGGGACAGGACCGCGGAGAAGAGAAGCGCGACGGAACGCGAGACGCAGAGAAGCGGGCGCGGCUGGCACCUUCUCCUCUUUCCCUCUCAGCAUCCCUUGAAGCUCGCGUGGCUCUUAAACAAGGCGUCCAGUGCACGACGAUGGUGACCGCAGGGCGCGAGACGGCGCCGGGUCGGGCGCCCUCGCGCGCAAGGACCGUCUGCAGGAGCGAAGUGAAUGCUGGGGGGCGGCGCAAGCCGGACGCGCGAGGAGGCGAGGCUUCCCCGCCACGUCUCUUACACGUUGCGCAAGUCGACGUGUCCCUGGCUGCUCACUUGUUGGGAGACGCAGCGUGCGGGCGUGGGCCACGAGGCAGCGCAGGUGCGCAUGGCUCUGGUCCCGGAGCAGGCGCGUCUCCUGACGUUUCUCCUGACGCAGGGCCGAGCGGAGUUCCGGAGAAGAAGGCGGAGCGCAUGUGGCUUAGAAACGGACCCAAACAGCUGCCGUUGCGAUGCGAGCUGUCCGCCUCUUCCCAGCCUCGCCACCACCUCCGGGUGUCUGUGCAGGCACAGGUGAAGGGCGUGCAAGCGCCCAGGCGAAGCCGAGGCGGCUCUGGCGCGGGAGCGCCUGCCCUCGGUCGCGGCCAGGGCGCGUCGGAUUCGAAGACCGAAGCGAAGAGGGACACUUGGAGGGAGAGCGUCGGGAGUGAAGGGGGGUUCUGUUUCGGAGCGGCGGCCGCGGAGGCCCAGCACGAACUGCCGCGCUUUGGUUCUGCCUCUACCCGGCACCUCACGGCCAACUGCCUGCCCGAGCACCUCGCGCUUUUCCUUCAGCUGGUGGGGACGCGGACUGAACAGGAGCGUUUGCUCCUGCAGCUGAAAAGGUGGAAGGCCGCACAGUCUCGCAAGAGUCCGUCUGCAACGUCGCCACUCGCGCGCUUGACAGAGAACCUCACAGCGGACGUUUUCCUGCACUUUGCGGCUUCGGAUCUCCACGGGAAAUUCGCCCUCGCGCGCGCAUCCAUCGCUGGCGUCGAAUAUCGCGACGCGCUUCACUUUGGCCCCGUUCCGGCUUCUCGCCUCUUGCCUUCCGACACCCGCGGAACUAGGCGGAGGGAGGCGUCGCACUCGCGAGGGCCUCUGUCUCCUCGCCUCCACACGUCGGCCAGGCCCCCGGCGUUCGCGAAAGAGACACUCUGGCGACGCGAAGGCGUCGAUCGGAGCAGCAGCUCCUCAGAAGAGAGCGGAGGCGAAGAGAGGAGCUGGGCGGGACGCGGCGAAAGCGGCUCGGUGGACGCCCCCAUGAGGGGUUGGGAAGUGGCGUCGAGUUCCUCUCUGUCGGACGGGCGAGGAGGGAAGACGAGUCGAAGGCGCGCUUCGCUGGAGCGAAACGAAAUCGUCCCGCGUCUUCCGCUUGCAGAGAGAGAAGACGGAGACACGACGAGCGGGCACGGCGCGGCAGGACGCCUGCACAAGACAGGCCGGUCGCGCGUCCUCAGGAUCGCGAGACAGCACAGAGAGAGUGACGAGGAGAGCCCAAGGCGAAGUGGAGAGAAACAGCGUCUGCUGGCCUCCGGAAGGCGGCACUCGCUCCCUUCUGGUUCGUCCAGCGAAGGGAGUCACCGGAGAGGAGACAGAUGGCAAGCGAAAGAGUGCAGAGCAAACCACCGAGCUGCAAGCGCAAGAGGAAGCACAGCCUCCACGCGACGCCCCUGGUUCGAGGGUCUGGGCACGUGGGAAGGACAUGAGGAAGGCUGGAGCAGCAGCGGGGACACGAGCGGCAGCAGGAAGAGGCGGCCUGCGCAGGGGAGAGACACACGAAGGGCGACUUCCUCAGGAUUCAGCAGUUCUGCGACGGAGACAGAAUCGGACGACGGCAGACGAGACUGCGGCCGCGCCUUCUCGUCCGCGAGAGAAGGCGGGAGGCGCCGUCGUUCUCUAGAAGGGGAGACGGCCGAAGAGCCUUCGCCUCUCUGGGGCAGAGAAGCCGGGAGCGGCGCCGACGAGGCAAAUCGCACGGCAGGCGUUGUGGGGGGUGCCGCCGCGAAAGAUCCGUCGGUGAGGGCGGGGCGGCAGCGAGAAGGUGGGGCAGCGACGCGAGUGUCUCUCGUUGACCUCGACGAGCACUCGCCCCUGCCUUUUCGGUCUUAUUCUCGCGGCUUCGCGCCGCAGUCUCCCGCGUCUGCGCGUCUUCCCGAAGCGCAUCGCGUGGACAAAACCGCCGCUGUCCCUUCUGGAAACCCCUUAGCUUUGACCACCCGACAGUGCGUGCUGACUGUCCACCACACGUUCUUAGGCUUUGAAUGCCCAGCCGCGCCCGCAUCCACGUCGCUUCUCUCCAACCGCGCUUCUGGGUCUGCGCGUGCCUCGCAGCCGCGCUACCGUGCCGCGUAUCAGCUGUCGGGCCCCGCCUCGGGGCACUGUUACGUCUCGUCCACCCCCGUAGCAGGCGGCCCCGCCCUUCAGUCUCCUGGAAGCCGAAAACCCGUGAGAGAGAACCCCCCCGCCCUUCCCGCCCAGGACUCUCUGCUCGAGGCUCGCCACGACGCGCCUCUACGGUUCGGGCACUCGGCGCACGCGGGUCCGAACCCGAACGGUCCCAAGGGUGUCCCGGCGCGAUCUGUGCCUGAACCCCUUGCUUCCGUUGGGAGUCGUGAGGGCGACAGUUUCGGAUCGUCUGACCCCUCCCUCUCGUCCUCGUCCUUGCUCUCGCGUUCGACGUCGUUCCCUAUCCACGGCUCCGCCGACGGCGCAGGCGACGGCGGGGCCGCAGACUCGGGCCCCAGAAAGGCGCGACGCGCGGCAGGCUUCUCGCGGCGAGUUCCCGGCACUCUCGGCGUGUCGCGCUGGGGCCUGCGCGCGGGAGGCCUUUCAGAGUCCGUCAAAGACACCGAGAGAGACAUGGACGCAGGGAAGGCGCUGCUGGGGAGCCCUGGCGGAGACGGAUUCUCGGCGGCAGAGCAUAGGAGAGCCGGAGGACACAGAGACGAGCAAAGCGAGGGGCGAGGAAGAGCUUUUGGCCGCGUCUCGCCGGCGGCGCUCGCGCGCCUGUGCGGGGUCCGGGUCCCGCCGCCUGUCCCUCCGCCCCAGUCCCUCGUUCUGCCCUUCGUCCGAGUCCCUGGCAUUCAGGUGGAAAUUCUCCGAGAGAAUGAGACGGUGGGCGAGCCGGGAACGCUCGGGCAGGGCGUGCAGACGCGCGACGAGGGCGGGGCGACGACGGACCGCGAAAGCUGCGGCCCCGACGGCGCCCGCCGAAAGCGGCGGGGCGUGUCGGGCCGCCCACGCGAAACGCGUUUCACGGCCGCCAGUGGCCGCGAAGCCGCUUCGUCCGUCGUUGCUUCCAGUCCGCCGCCUAGGGUCGGCCGCAUGCAGCUGUUCUGCAUCGUCAGUGCGCCGACCGUCUUGGUCUCGCCCUCGACCUUGGUGUGCAUUCGCCACGUCGUCCUCCUCGCGGAUGCGUGCCGCGCCGUCGUUCUCUCGUUCUGCGAACAACUCCGCGACGUCGCUUCCGACGUGUCGGUUCGCGACUCCGCAGCAGCCCACAGCCAAGACGCGCGCUCUGGACAGCGAGACCGGGCUGCGGGCUCGCCCAGCUCGCCCGCCUCAGGGAAACGCAGCAAGUCGUCGGCGCCUCUGGUGGUUGUCGAAGUGACGCUGCUCUGUCUCCAGCCCCAGGCGAAUGCGCAUUUCAUCGAGGCGACCGCGCGGACGCCUCCGCUCUUCCCCGGCGUGCCUGCGGCCCUACCUGCUGCGAGUGUCCGCCGCGCGAACGUGCCGCCGCUGGCGAUCCCGUUCGCCACCUCGGCCUGCACGAGUCUCGCCUUCUCCGCAGCGUCUUUGGGCUCCGCUGCAGCCUCCUGGCCCCGCCGCGCGCGGCCUCCUCUGGCCCUGGGCGAGCUCGGCGUCGACGAUGCUCUUCUCGAGCUGCGAAGAGACGUUUUCUUCCGGGUCGUCGGAAGCCCGUUUCUGGCUGCCUCGCCCUGGCUCUUCGCCCCGCUGGCGGUCGACCCCGCCGGGGCCGCGGCCUGUGCACAGGGCGCUGGAGACGCGGAAAACCCGGAGAGCUGUCUGGAGCUGCCGUCGCUCUCGCCCUCGCCGCUGCUCCUGCCCGGCCAGGUGCGGCAGGAAGCCGCCCACGUCGACGUGAUUCCUCUCCUGCAGCCGUACGCGAAAAUCCGGUGCGGCGCGUGGCUACACCGGCAGCUGGAGCGGCGCGCCCGAGGCAGCGGGCGUGCAUGCAGCGCCGAGGCCACGGAACAAGGAUCCGCCGAAAGCCGAGGGAAGGAAGGGCGACCAAGCGGCCGAGGCGAGUCGGGCAAAGAAGAGGCGCGAGAAUCGGACGAGCGACAGAAGCGCCUCGGUGAAGGAGAAGAAUUCGGAAACAGAUCCGAGUCCCGCGGGACGACGAAUGCGCGGGAGACUCCGGAAAGAAGGGAUCCGAACCUAGGUGUUUCGCGUGACAAGGACUUCCCCAAAAGCGACGCGAAUGAAGGCUCGUGGGGGCUGCUAAAGACGCCGUUGCGUCCCGAGCCCUCGCCCUUGUUCAUGCCUCUGGAUGCUCGCCCCGGAACAGCCGGUCGGAAGCAGGUGUCUCACUCGGCGACCUGUGGCCGUCCGCCAGACUUCUGUCCGCCUUCUCUGGACAGAGCCACCGAGCCGUGGGCGUCCUCUCCGCCCUCCUUGCUCCUGCAGUCGCUGCCCAGCGAUAGUCUACUCUUCGCCGCUCCCAUUGAAGCGCCGGGGGCUCCAGUCUCGCUCGCGCUCAUGAGUGAAGCAGCCCGGCGGCAGGGGUGGGGCGACUGGCCACAGAGCGAGUGUGUCGAGGUCUUUCCUUUGGACGAAGAGGAAGAGAAACAGGCUCUUGCCGAAGAAGAGGCGCUCGAGGAUCUCCGUUGCUCCCUCGGGGACCGCGUUACGGCGCAGUUGAUUCUCUCUGCCUCGCAGGUCGCCUUAAAAUGUCGUAUAAAGAUUGGCGGUCGCGGACAGGCUGCGUCCGCGUCUCCGACGUCGUCCAGGAUCUCCAUUGACCUUCUCGGUCGGGUCUCGCCUCUGUGCGGCUCUGUUGCCUCGCUCGCAGCGCCCGGCGGCCUGAUGUGGCACUGUGGCACGAGGCCUCCGCGGCGGAGACGGCGUCGUUCGCUUCAAGGUGCGCGUCAGUGGGGUCGGCAGAAGCGCCGCAAGAGCGAGGGAAGAGACGAAGAGCGCGGCGACGGGGGCCGUGCUCGCGCGAGUGACAAAGGGAGGAAAGCCGGGACAACGCGAGGGGUUGACGCCUGCGAAGGCAACGAAACGCGUUCAGUGCGCUUGGGAGCCCGGGGUCGCGAUCUCCGGAGCCUCGAGGAAGAAGACGUACACCGCGUAGGAGCGGUGCUGGACACGGCGACUGAGAGCGACACCGAUGCAGAGUUCUUCGACGUGCCUCGCUACUCCGUCUCCAAUUCGUCGAGGGAAUCCUUCUAUUCGAUGUGGAGUCCCGGACACGACCUAGACGAGACCGAAUCGGAGCAGCUAGAGGACGCUUUCCCGGCCAGGUCGAAGGAAAACGGCAGGCGCCGGAGUCAGCCGAAACCGCGCCGCCCGAGUCGUUUGGCGGGCCGUCCAGCUUCUAGGUCUGCUCCAGUGCGGCAGAGGAGCAGGGGAAAACCCACACGGGGGCUCCAUUUCCCCGUCGCGACGGGCGGUGACGCGUCGCGUCGCCCUCUCUCUCGCUUCCGCCUCGGAGUAGGGAAGUGGGGAGGAGAGCGCCGAGGAGGCGAGGCGAGGCCGCACGGUUCCCAAGCCCUGGAUGCAUCGGCGCUGCUGCCUUCGGGUCUCCUCCGGCAGGCUCGGGUCCUCCGACGAGCCCAGAGCGCCGCCUACCAGCGACGGAGAACCGUUUGCCAGGCCAGUGGGAAAAUCGGCGAACGCUGGCUCUCGCUGGACAGAGAAGAAGAAGGCGAUUUCGAAGAAGGAAGAGCAUCAUCGGGAGGCGAUCGCUGGGCGUGCCAGGGCGACGAGCGGCGCCGAGGAGCGUACCGUCUUAGCCAGACCACUCUCUUCCUUGAGCGUCUCGGCCGCGCCCGCGACCGGGGGAAGAAAUUGGAACGCGAGGAGAAAGGCGACAGCCGCAGGCCUGCAGAUGCGAGCGAGACGUCGCCAAGUUCCGAUAGCGAGUCAUGGAGGUGCGCGUCCGACUCGACAGAGGACGCCCUCUUGGAGAGCGCGCUGCCAGCCGAAAACGAGAGAAGACAGGGAGGACGACGCAGAGGCACUCCGUUCUUUUCCGCGCCCCAGCGUCAGUCGAUCUCUCUCGCGGCGCGGAGGCGCCUCGCCGGGCCACGUCUCGAGGCCCCGAAUCUCCUGGCGGACGGAGUCUCGCGUCUCACUCAUGCUUCGCCGGCUCCAACCGACUCUCGGUCGGGUCUCGGAGGCCUGCCUACCCGUCUCCGAGCGGCCGAGACAGGCUCUCCUCGCCAGGGCGACGCCGCGCGUGCGGCGAGGCCAGGCCGCGCCAAGGCCUUUGACGCGCUCGCCGGUCCUGCGGCCCCACGGCAUUCGAACAGCCCCGAGGCACAGCUGCAGCCUGUGGACGGGACGCGUGAGAACGGAGCAGCCGCCGAGAGCCCCGCGAAGGGGAACGGCCGCCAGCCGCUUUCUCGCUCGCCGUCCCGCGAAACGCGCCGGACCGUAAGUCGCGACUCCCAGAGCGCGACGCAUGCGAACGCUCCAGUCGUCGCCCAGAGCGGAGCACGGGGCGCGGGACGAGGGCGCGAGGAGCGCGGAGACGCCUCGGGCUCGGCGCCGCCUUGCGAUCCCGGUGCGCCGCGGCGAUGCGCGUCCAGAGUCACGAAGCCCGUCCUGUGGCUCUCCGAUCUGUCGCUGAUGGCCGAGACUGGCCUGCCGAUGGGCCGGUCUUCUGGUCGCCUGUUUUGUCACACGUGUCUCCUCGCGUCGAGCGCGGACGUCUGUCGCCUCCUCCAGAACCUCACGCACGCGUUUCUGCUGGUCCGCACGGUGAAGGUUCCGCGCCGGGCUGCAGCGCUGAAGAAGAAGGCGCCGCUCUCGCACCUCGCGAUGAAGGCGCCGACUGCGUGCAAGGGGACGGAGUCCUCGCUGCCGACCGCGGCGGCCGCGGCGCCAGUCGUUGCUGGCGACAAGCGGCCGAGUCUGGCUUCGCCCUCGUCCGUCAAGGCCUCGCGCGGCGCGAUGGCAGCCUCUGCGGCUGCGGCCGCCGCCUCUGCAGCAGCCGCGGCCAUCCGCGGCGCAACCGGCGGGCUCUACUCGGUCGUCUCCGGUUCGAGCUCGCGAGCGAAGCGAGGGCCCUUUGACCCGGCAGCUCAGGCCGAACUCGAAAGCGGUGGUCCCGCGGGCUCGCGCGCGGACUCACGCAACGCAAGCGGCGUGGCCGCCGGGAGGCCUGCGGGCCGCCGAGGACGCGGCAGUCGCAGCCGACUCAGGAAGGCGGGCGACGGCGAGGACGACCGGGGCGGAGGGCCCGGGUCGUCAAGUGAAGACGAGGAGGAAGAAGACCUCGUCUCGCGAUUCGGCGGGAAAGACGAGGACUCGAGCGUCGAGGUAGGCCUCGAGGCGAUCAAAGAAGACCAACUGAGUUCCUUCGCGCCCCCAGUCCCCUGCGCUUCGUCGCCGGCCAGACCGCAGCGGCCGGGGCACAGCCGAGGCGACGCAACCAAGCCGGGAGAGCUAGGCGCCUCCCUCCCCUUCGCCGCGCGAGAGAAGCCUCAGGCGCCCGCGUCUACGCCUGCGCAACCCCGCCGCGCCGCCCUCUUCCGCUCGGCCGCCAUCCGCCGCCAGCUCCUGGCCUACUUGCAGGCCGAGGAAGAGCGCGGCUGCCGCAGCUCCUCCGUCCAGGCGCAGGCGAGAGACCCGCGCGAGUCGGCGCGCGGGCGAGCGACGGCGGGCCGAUGCCGGAGCUCCAGAGACGAAAGCCAGGGCGCCCCAGACGGGGCCGGCGGGAACCUGCGUUGGAGGCCUCGGUGCUUCAGCGCAGAAGGCCGAGGCCGAGGCGGCGCGGACGCUUACGCCGCAGCGGCUGCCGCAGCGGCGGCUGCAGUCGAGGAGGAACGAGAGAUGCGAGAGAUGCGAGGGAGAGAAGAAAACGAAGGCGAGGACGGCGACGCCGUGAGGACGCGGUCCGGUGCGUGCGAUACCGGCGUGCCGGGGGGCGACCGAGCGGGAGAAGGUAGAGGGAGAGAGGGAGAGAUGCGAGAGAGAGAAGACCGCGAAGGUGAAGACUCCUCAAGGCAGAGCCCUCCCGGCGCGGGAGAAGAAAAAGUCAUCCUCGCCGAUGUGCUCAUCAACGAAGUCUGCUGGUCCCUUCUCGCCGGGCCCCAUAACCUACCCUUCUGCUGCUUCACUGGCCGCCGCCUUUCCGCCGCCGCCGCCCUCCAGGGCUCCAAAGAACAACGCAACAAUCUCGAGUCUGCCGAGACUGCAUCCUCUCUCGGACCAGCUAGGGCUUCUCAGGGCGACUCGGAGGGUCGGGUCCAUGUCGCCGGUACCCCGGUGAAUCCAGGCUCCUCUCGGCCGCACGAACAACCGCAGGAUGCCGCCGUCGCUUCUCUUCCUCACGAGUCUUCUCCGGGUUCGGCGCUCCCGCCCCUGCCUCUUGCGCCUGUGUCGCCUGUGUCUUCUGCGUCUGCCGUCUCUGCGCUUUCUUCUGCCUCUUCUUCGGCUUUGUUUUCUUGCACUCGGGACGCGACUGUGGGGCGCGGUACGGGAGUCUCCUCCGGAGGCGCCGAGGCCCGCCGCGCGUCUCGUGGCGCCUCCGCUGUGCUCCCUGCGCCCCGCACGACCCGCCCGGAGGACCUCGAAAAGGCGACGAGCAGUUUCUUCUCCGACUGUCGAGACGGCCGCCCGGACCAAGGCCGAGCGCAUCCCUCUGCGUUGCCCGCCCCGCGGCUGGCCCUCCAGACUGAGAGGAUGAAGUCGCUUCUCAAACGUCUGGGAAAGAAGCGAAGAGCCCCGGUCGACGGGGCAACUCGCGACGACAGCGCCGGAAACCUCGGGACGGCCAGCGUGCUGCAGCUCGCCCUCCCCAGCUCCGCGGUUGCCUCCGACAACGCACAGGCUGACGGAGCCAGCACGAUCACUUCUGUCUCGGCAGCGGGGAAAAUGCUCUUGUCCAAGUCUGUCGUGCGCGACCGAGCCUUGCAAAUGCUCGGCGGCCUGCGUAGAAAGCCUAGAAGGGGGGAAACUGAAGGCGCAGAUGCCCAGAACCAAGCGGCGCGGGAGCCCGCGUCCGGGCAAUGCAGUCGCGCAGAGCCCGGCCCGUGGUCAGAACUCCGCGCGCGCGAGGCGGCGCUCGAGGCGCGGCGCGGCGCAGAGAGGGCCGAAGAAGCGGACAAGCGCGAGGACGCGCUGGAGCGCGAAACGAGCUCGUACCAGGAAGCAGAAAGGGCCAGCAGCGCCCCGGGAGGGGUUGGCGCGCUGGACCGGCGCGGCGACGACCGCGGAAGCCCGUCCAAGGCGUCGGUGGAUGAAGUCGCGGGGGAACGACGAAGACCCGAAGGAACCCUUGAAGCGAAGGAAAAGACCGAGAAGAAAGAAGAGACGGCCGACGCAGCGGGAGAGGGAGACGACUUUGCCGAGGGUAGCAGCACCACCAGCGCGAUGUUCUCUGCAGAGCCCUCGUCGAGGUCGAGUUCCCGAGACCUUCCGUUCUUCCUACCUUUUCCCUCCGUUCGCCUCAUCAACCGCGCGAAGGCGACCCAAGGCACUCCCUCCGCCCACCGUAUCCCCUUUUCGUCAGCGGCGAGUCCUUCGCUGCCGCUGCUCGGGCCCGCCGCGGCGGCCCUGGCUGGCAGUCGAGGCCGAGCGGGUUCCGCGUCUCCUGCGCUGCCUUCGGUUCUGGACGAUGCCGAGUCUUCUCAGUCUUUUCCGCUCUUGCCUUCCUGCGCGUCUUCAAAGGUCGAGACAGGCGAGACGGACGAACGAAACGAAGACGAGGGAGCGCGGCUCCGGACCCUCGUCGGGGGUGCGGCGCAGCCGAUCCGUUCCACGCAGCUGCCCCAGAUCGGCACUUUGCACGCCCGAAACAAGUUCGUGGGCGCUGCUGCACAGUGGUGCAAACGGCAGGUGGACAUGAGGCUGAAGCGCAAAAGCAAAGCGUUUUCACAGCCUGCGUCUAGCCCGGCCGGCGGGAAGGACCAGGAUCUCGCUUCCUCCGUCGCCAUGCCGUCCCUUCUACCAGGCACCAGCACGACUGGCGAGAGUUGCCAAGGGGAACGCGGCGCGGCAAUGAACGCGAAGCCCCGCAGAAGGCACCGCGGCAGUGGAGACGAGGCCGGAACCCAGGGCGAAGGAGAGAGAGCGCGGGCAAAGGAGAAGCGACGAACACGGAGACGAACGGCGGACGACACGCCAUUCGCAGCUGGGGAUGCGCACGACGCAGACUGGUGGGAGGGCGACGAGCAACGCAGAAGGCGAAGCCUGAUGUGGCAGUCAGCAGAAACGAACGCUCUGGAGGCCGCCGGUACAGCCAGCGAAGACGAGACACCGAGUGCCCGAGCCGAUUCCGUCGGCGACGGGGAUGCGUGGAGACACCAAGAAGACACUGCCUGGUCGGAAGCGCCGUUUUCUGCAGCCGAGCUGCUUGUCCUUCUCUUCCCCCCUGGCACUGUCGCCUCUCCCGUGAUAACGCCGCUUCUCGACGUCCUCCAGCCAAACGCAGCGGUCGACGACGAGCAGGACGUUUUCCUCGAUCUCUCUGCGUACCGGAACGCGUUCUUUCUCCAUAGCCCAGGCCGACCCACUUCGUCUCAGGGCGGCGGUGCCUCCCUUUCCUCCGGCUCGCCGCUUUCGGCCUCGCAUCCGGAGCACGAGAGAGCGGGGCGCGGCCGACGCGAAGGCCUCGAGUUUGCGUCGAUGCGGGGCGGCGCGGGAAGGCUGGGAACGAAGGAUGACCGGCGAAGGGAGGCAUUCGACUGGAAUGAAGAACUGGAGGGCCGCAAACGCGGCAAGCUCUUGGAGCAACUUCUGGGAGACCAAGGUGGGCACGGGCCGAGAUCGAAGGUCUCCGCACAUGCGAUCUCAGUUCGAUGCAGCUGGCGAUUCGUCGACCUCGCCGGCACCGUAUGGCAGGUUUUUGAUUCGCUCAUUCUGCACAUCGACCCUUUGCGCGUGCGCCUGAGUGCCAACCUCGUGGAGCAGCUUUACGCGUUUUUCUUCCCGCCGACGUCUGCCUCGGCGCCUGCGGAGCUGGUGCUCGCUUCUGCCAAUCCCAAGGGAAAGCAUCCGGGCAUCGCCGUUGCGGGGCCGGGCCAUCCCAGUCUGGUGUCUUCUCCAACGCCGCUCAAGGGUGCGAAGGCGCUCACCGGCCCCGGCGUCCCUGCGUCGUCUGGUGUCGCUGCUCAGCAGGCCUCACCCAGCGAGGAAGGCCCGAACACGGCGAAGGCGUCGAGUUCCGCUGCGCGUUCGCCCUCGAGUCAGCCUGUGUCUCUGGAGGAGAAGGGGCUCGAGGACAGGGACGCAAGAGGGAAGGGCGAAGGUGGGAGCCUCGAGGCCUCGUCGGACCCGCCAGGUCUCACUGGCGGAGCGUCGCGCCCGUCGUCGCCAGCCUCGUGCUCUCUCCCGCCGGGAAGUGCGGCAUUUGUCGGCAACGAGGGCAGCAAAGCUUGUUUCCCCCAAGCAAACACCGCAUAUGCUCCCUCUGCGCCGUCUCUCGUCUUCAUUCGCCACGUGCGCAUCUCGCCAAUCGUCGCUCUCGUCCGAUACCGAGGCGCCGUUAACCUCAACGACGUUCUGCUGGAGUUCAAGCCUUUCGUUCAGAGAGACAAACUCAAGACGUGGAAGGCGAUGGUAGACAAGUACAUCUGGUUCGUAGGCAGACAGGCAACUGGUCGCGUGAUCAGCCACAAACUACGAGACCUCAUCGUGCGACGAAAGAAACCGGCUUUCUUUAGUCGAACCAAAGGAGCCAGGAAGUCGGUCGGAAACGGGCGGUCGAGCAUUGGAGCUCUGGGAACGAUUCGAGCCCAAGGGAGUGUCUCCGAAAUGAGAAAGAAGCACAUUCUAUUCGGGAAGAAGUUGUAA